UACCAUGGUCUGUUCCUAAGGCUGAUGGCUGCUGAUGCCGUGUGUCUCUGGGGCAACUCCACACUGCGCAUACCCCACUGUGGUCUCGGCAGUGAUCACAAAUGUUGAUGAUAGUUGGAAAAAUAGUAUCACUUGUCACUUGAAAGUAAUAUUUCCCAGCGUCAUUUAGGUCUUAAGGUGGUAUCUUUUCAGGGGGGCCUUUCUGAGUUUGGGGAUCUUUACAACUAAUCUCUGUUGAAAGUCAACUGUUCUAGUAAUCCAGUUGGAGGCCAUCUGGCAAUUGGCCAUUGGAAGAGAACAAAGCAUAGGGCAAAGCAGGACAUUUGGUAAAUUUCCCAUGCCAUUUGCCAGUGACACUUUCAGAGGUCAGUCUAGGGGACCCUACUGGCCUGGCCUUUGGUUAUUUCAGUGUUCAGCGCUCCCGGGGAGACCCUCACCACUGUGUGGAAGAUAGAGAGGACAUGCCUGACACACGUGAGGGAACGCAAUUCCACUGGGCAGUCGCCAGCGGCGCACAAGGGCUUUGGGGGCGCGGACGACAGCGGCGCUGCGGUGGGGGUCAGGAAGGCAGGACCCUAAAAGAAUGGGGGCGGUUAGGAGACUGGGCUACGUUCCAGGGCAAUGGUGGGGCGCAAGCCAGCGGCGGGAGCGGCGCUCGGGUGCUGGGUGCCAGCACUUGUCCUACCUUUGCCCAGGCGAAGGGGCGACCAGACACGGCGAGGAGCGGGAGGAGCGGCCGGAAACCCGCGAGCGCAGUAGCCCUGGGGCAGGCUGGACGGCGGCCUCCAAAAUCGCAGCGUCUCCGCCUGCCCCCUCCCUCUUUACUUGCCUCCGCCCCCUCUCCCCUCCUCCCCCAGCCCUCAUGUCCUGAAACGCGGCGGGCGCCUUUAAGAGGGAGCUUUGGUUACCCUGGGGGCGGGAACCCCUCGGCAGAUUGGGAGGCGGCGGCGCUCGCCCGCGAUGCUCCUCACUUUCUGCUCCAGCUCCCGCCGCCGUCGCCGCCGCCCGCCGCCGCCUGGGUCGCCACACCGCCUCCUCCUCUUCCUCCUCCUCCUCUGCCUCGAAGCGUCGUUUUCUGCAGCGGAGAGAAGUGCUAUGUCAGGAAAGUUCCGGGAGGGACUGGAGGGGGCCAUGCUCCCUGGGCUCUGCUGCAGGCGCCCGCGCGCAGCCCUUUGUAUGAGGCGUGAAAUGGACCUCGUUUGCCCAAGUCCGGAAGCUCCCCGGGAGCUCUAACAGUUCUAAGAGCUUGCCUCUUACAUAGACAGACUGGGAGGAAGGCAGAGAGAGAGAGGGAGACACAGAAUCCCAAGCAG